AUGGAUUGCUCUAUCCUAUUCGCAUCUGUGUUUGGGGGAGCGUGUUUUCGGAAUCAAAGUCAGUUCAAUGAAGCACUCCGCUCUUUUGAAUUGGAAACAGGCACUCAAUACCUAAAGACUUCUCGUCAACCCCAUCGUGAGGGCACAGUUGAGAAAACCCUCUUCGACUUCAAACACGCCCAAUUUGCGUGUGCGAAGUAUGGAGCUGGUAUUAGGCGUGGACCCAGAAAACAGUCCCCCACCGGUUGUACUGCAAAAUUCACAGCCUCUAGUACAGGAGGGUCUCUGAGAGUUCUAAAGUUUGAUAUGCUACAUAAUCAUCCCCCAGAGGCUGUCACGGAGAACUUUAAAUCGUCCAUUGCGACAGACGGUGCUUUAUGCUGUGAAACAUUUAACGCCGUUACUACGGGAGCCGAUGACGAGCCUGUCGUGGCUGACCUGACGAAGGAAUUCUUGCAAACAUUUGAAAAUCGCUUCUUCGACUCAUUUCAGGAUCUUUUGAGUCACAUGAACUCUUUUAUGAAGGCAACUGGCAGUAACUACGUUAUGAGAAAUACUGUUCGAUUCUCCAAAGACUACCCAAAUGCAGAUAAACUAGUUUAUAGAUCAGUGGCGUUUGAGUGUUAUCAUUUUGGCACGUACACGAGUUAUGCUACUAUCCGACGUAAACAAAGGACCGUAAAAAUAGGAUGUCGAUCAAAGAUCUACUUCUGUUGCAAGGGGGAUCGGUUGCAAGUCGGCAGCUAUCAAAUCAAGCAUAACCACGAAGUUAGUCCCAAAAAUGGCGCUGGCGAACUAAAAAUUCCGGUUGGCAAAAGCCGCAGGAGGAAUAAUGCGCAGCUGGACUGCAAAUCAUCUGCUAAGAGGGUUUCGCCAACUGGACACGAGGGUGGAUACGACAUUACUGAAGCCUCUGAAAACGGCAAUUUCGGCCACUCCUCCAGGCUUGAUGAUAAGGACAACCAUUGGGUCGAUGCAUCCGGCCUCGAUCUCUAUCCGUCCCUAGCCGACAGUUGUGAUGCGUCUCCACGGCGUGCAAAUAGGAUUCCGGCGGCUAUCUUGUUCCCACAAUUGGACUUUUCACUCGAAAAUCUCAAGUCUCUUGCCUCUUCAGGUGGAACAGCUAGACUUUUCUCUUGUGUACAGGACUUGAACGCACUAGAGAAUAAAUGGAGGCGAGAGUUUGAGCAAGAUCCGUCCGAGGGUAUGGAGGUACCGUUUAGUGUUUCAGACGCCUUUCCUAAUGAUGACACGGAAGAUACUCCACCCAGGAAGCGUCCUGUCAUAUUUUCUUCAUCCAGGCGCACCCGGGACUUUUCGCCUUUAGAUAUCCCUCAGCCUCCAGAUCUGGAGCAAUCGGAAGCAGAAUACGCAAAUCGAUCUUGGUUUUACGACUGA